AUGUCUAAAGACACGUGUUUCACGUUUCAUGCAUGUUCAAAUGAUUUCGCAGCAAUAUCUUCAAAUUUAGGCCUUUGUGGAAUGUAUUGGAAAAGGCCUAACAUUAUGUGCUCAUACAUUCUAUGCAUUCAUUCCAUAUGUACUGACAAUAGUAUUUUUGAAUUAUUAGGCCUUCUAAUAUAUAUUGGAAAAGGCUUAGCAAUAUUUUUUUUUUCGGCAAACUUUCCAGAAUGUUAUAUUCACCAUUCUUAUCAAUUUCAUAUUUUCGCUGAAUCUUCCAACCUAUUAUAUUAUUCAGUGAUAGUUAACUGA